GCCAGACGGUGCGGGCGGAGGAGCUCGUCGUAUGCAGUGGGGGACGGCGGAGGCACCAGCUCUCCCAACAGCACCAGAGACCCUCCCUCUGAGCAGCCUUUAGGAUCACCCAAAAUACGUUUUGUCGAGGUCCCAGAUCCAGCAUUUGCGGGCAGCUCUGGGUGACUUCUGGGCACCACUGUCUCCUCCGUCCGCUGGGCUGUGCGUUUGCUGCUGGAUGAGCGACUGAUCGGGUUACGUAGCGAGUAUCCCCGAAUCUAGGCACUAGCUUGCUGUGUAAGAGCGAACGAUGGAGGGGCUUGCAGUUUUACUGUCCCCCCACAGUUUCUCACGUGUUGAAAAAUAAAUAAAACGCGGUACUCAUCUUCACGCACCAGGAAACCCAUAACAGAUCUUUGAUCUUCAGAGUUCGGUGCAGAUCACGUUUGAAGAGGGUCCUCAGUUACCACCGGCAGCAAAUAUAAGUCACGUGACGUGCAAGGGCCAGUCAGACCACAGCAUGGUGCUACACUGCAAUCUGUCAGCUGAAGCUGUGAAAUUCCCUGUCUCUGUUACUCAGCAAUCCCCAGCUGCUGUUUCUGUGGAUACCUAUCAUGUCACCUUGGCUCUGCUGCAGGCUCAGGUGGAGAUCCACUUGCAGGAGAUACAGAACGAGGGUCUCCUGGUGUCAUGGACAUUCAAAGACAGGCCAGACCUGAAUCUGUCAGUUCUUCCGAGACUUCAGCCUAGUGAGAAUGAAGGAAGAGUGGAUCCCUCCACCAUAAAGGAUCUGAUAGAGGAUACCAUUGUCAGCACACAGCCAGCCAUGAUGGUGAAUCUGAAGGCCUGCUCUGCAGGGGCCAUUGCGGUAUCCAGUGAUAAGGUGACUCGAGAGUCCCCAUCCAGAAUGGGAGGCCCUCUGGGGUCUAAGCUGUUGCUCCGGAAUCUGCAAGUGCUGAACUUGGGCUGCACGGGGAAGGGAGGAGUCGGGGAGAUACGCUGUGUGGCGGAGCUAGACAGCCCUCUGCAGCAGAAAUGCACGAGGCCAGUGAAAGCUGGUGGUGCUGGUGCUGCAGCAGAGAUGGAAUGGAAGGAGGAGCUCUUUCUGGAGUUGGGGCCUAGAAGUAAAGAGCUGAAGCUACAAGUGCUGGGGAACAGUGGCAGAGGGGAGAAUGUGCUGCUGGCACAUGCUACGCUUUUGCUUGACUCUUUGGGCAGACAACCAUCUGGGAGACAGGCCUGCUUACUGGCCCCAGGAGCUGGGCAAUCACUGGCAGCUGAAGCUACUAUUAUGUUGGAGCUGCUGUACCAGGAGUGUCCUGCAUCUCUGAAUGCUCAGCAUGCCACAUCUCUGCGUACGAGCAUCACCCCCACCAAGAAGGUUGAGAUGGACCGGACCAUCAUGCCCGAUGGCACCAUUGUGACUACUGUCACCACAAUUCAGUCUCGGCCCAAGGCAGAGUGCAAGCUGGGUGAGGCUGCCCUGGGACAGGCAUCUUGCACAGAUUCACCAUCAAGGUCACCGUCCAAGGUGGAAGUGACUGAAAAGAAGACAACAGUGCUUUUGGAGAGCAGCUGUCCUCGCAGCGCCUUGCCCAGUGGUAGCUGGGACAGCCAUACGCCCAAUGGCUUGGAUCCAGUGGCUGAGACAGCGAUCCGGCAGCUAACCGAGACAAAUAACAAGCCUGCCAAGAAGACCCCAACCAAACGUAGCACGCUAAUCAUCUCAGGAGUUUCCAAGGUACCUAUUGCCCAAGAUGAAAUGGCACUUUCUCUGGGUUACGCUGCAUCCAUGGAGGCCACAGCACACAGGGAUCCUGUAGUGGCAGAUGCAGCUGACCAGGUGCACGAUUCUGCCGAAUCGUCGCAGCUGCUGGAAGCGUCACUGUCAGGACGAAGGGCCAGUCAGGAGCUGGAUGAGACGACGCGAUCGGACAUCUCUGAGAGACCAUCAGUGGAAGAUGUUGAGUCUGAAACUGGCUCCACGGGAGCCCUUGAGACCAGGAGCUUGAAAGAUCACAAAGUUAGCUUUCUUCGGAGCGGUACCAAGCUCAUCUUCCGGAGAAGGAGCAAGCAGAAGGAAGCGGGCCUGAGCCAGUCGCAUGAUGACCUGUCCAACGUCAGCACCAGCUCUGCCACCAGGAAGAAAACUGGCAGCUUCUCCCGCCGCCUCAUCAAGCGCUUCUCCUUCAAGUCUAAAUCCAAACCUAAAGCCAGUGACAGCACAACAACAGGUGCAGAGGCCAUGACCUGCCUGAGGUGUGACAUGGUGUGGAGCAAGGUAUUCCUGGGCUGUGAGCGGACAGCAGGACGAGCUGCAGUUCUCCACCCAGCUCUGCUGUUGGAAUGGUCUGUGGUUCAGAGAGUGCUGAGGGGUACCUGCUUUCUCUUCUGUUCUGAUGAAGAAAGGAGUCUCAGAGAAGAAGGAAGUCUUGACCACUAGGCAAGAUUCUAUAGAAGACCAAGCCCUUGCAAGAACAUCUGGUCACCGUUGUCAGUGCUGCCACCCUCUGACACCGCUCUCCUCUGUAUCUGUAUUCGGGAAUGGGGAAGGGGCCAUGUUCCAUGUGUGUACCAGCCAUCUUGUACGAGAGGAUCCUUUUUCCUUACAAGUGGUUGAGAGUGUUGCUGGUGGGUCACUGGGUAAGCGGAUGCUGUCUUUUGGUCCUGUGGAGUGCCUGGCUUUGCACUCCAGCAGUUCUAGCACUGACAAUCAGCAUCACACUGGGGAACGGAUUGUGCGGGAUGUGGUGAUGCUAGCAGAAGGGCAGUUUGCUGUGGAACUUGAAGCCAUGCAGUGGAAAGAGUCAAGAGCUUACAUGUUUUCACUGACAGAAGUGCUUCCUGUAGUAGAAGGAAAUUUCUUUGAUUGCAUCUGAUACUAGUCUUAUGGCAAAGAAAUAGUGUGUGAAACAAUGUAGUGUGCGAUUCAGAAAGACAAAUCCUGGCUUACUGAUAUGGCCCUCAUGGGACGUUUUGAAAGACUGGAAUGGGCUUGGUGGCAUGCCACCAUGAAAGGAUUUACAGGCAGGAUUUUCAGGGCUUAUCUUGAAGGUGUCUGGAAUUAGGGAAGGCCUGAGUCACCCAGGGCUUAGAUUGAAAGUGCUAAUGUGUGCCAAACGAAGGGACGCUGCUCAUUCCCGUUUUAACUUCUCUUCUGAUCCCCCGCUAGAUUGGGCAUGCAUGAUAAAUCAGACUGGUCCAGCCAGCUGACCGGGAACCUCUUCUCCAUCUAAUUUUUUGGUCCAGAAGUCUUUCUGUCAUUCCCAACCUCUUCAAUGUUUUUUUUUUUUUUUCCCUUGAUUUUUUUCUUGCCAGCAAACUGCUGUGGGUAAGCCUUUGUGGCUUUGCUCACAGCUCUCUCUGCUACAGAUGUCAGAGUGCUCACUACUGUUCACUGAAAAUCAGUUUUCUUGAUGGAGGUGGCUAGUUCCUGCUGCAGCACUGCUAGAAAUUGGCAGCCUGCAUCUAGGCUGUAGCAAUUUAGCUGCCAGUUUGGAAGUAGGCUUCCUUCUCUGGAUCGGUGUGAUGUUAUGCAUGGCAGCGUCAUUUACAGGUGCACCUUUGUACCCAGAGCUCUGGGGUUUGGUUCCAGAUUGGCAUUCCCUUUUGCACCAUCCCUGUUAUGACGCUGCCUCUGCCACUCACGUUACUUGAAUUCUCUGUUUUGUUUUGUUAGAUUUUGAGGUUGAUUUGAAGGAAGUGUGCUGAACCCAGACGGUGCUGCAUUUCUAGUGGGAUGGCCGUGAAACCUUGCCUUAGAAAUGCUAGUUUGAAUUGAAGGGAACUGUAAGAGGGGACAGCAGGUCUCCAAUUAUGGGUUUAGCGUUUAACCUCUCAUGAUUCAAAUUCAAGAUUUUUUUUUUUUUCUUUCCUUUAAACAGUGAGCAGACUGAGCUGUCUCAGUGUGUGGAGCAGCUGGUGGUGAAUAUCCAGAGCUCACAGUUGCACUUCUGAAACACAAAUAUGGCAUUUGAGUACAUCGCAAGGGCUGUGAGGGAGAGCAAGUAUUGUCCUCGUUUGAUACAGACCUGACGUGGAAAACGUCAACGAGGUUUGUGUCUGACAAACACAUACCUAGGUUGUAAUCAGAAUAUUUUGGUACCUCUCAGAGGAAGGAGGCAAUAGGAAACCUA